UGGUAACAAUGGGGAAGAUAAUGGCUGCCUGAGCAACGUCUCCGAGCAGGCGCUGGGCUAGAGGCGGGUCUCAACCAGCGACUCAUCGGAGGCGGGCUUGGGAGCGGCGGCAGGGGAGGCGCGGAGCAGCCUCGGCGGAGGCGGCCGAACCGACCGAGUCGGAUCUUGACUCUAAAACCGAAGCAGAGAGUGAAGAAAACUAAAAUCCAGUUUAUUGUAUUUCAAUACUAUGUCAUAACAGUCAGGUAAUUUUCCACUUGUUCAUCAAGAUGGAAAACUCAGAUUCUAACGAUAAAGGAAGUGGUGACCAGUCUGCAUCACAGCGCAGAAGUCAGAUGGACCGAUUGGAUCGGGAAGAAGCUUUCUAUCAGUUUGUAAAUAACCUGAGUGAAGAAGAUUAUAGGCUUAUGAGAGAUAACAAUUUGCUAGGCACCCCAGGUGAAAGUACUGAGGAAGAGUUGCUGAGAAGACUGCAACAAAUUAAAGAGGGCCCACCACCACAAAACUCGGAUGAAAAUAGAGGUGGAGACUCUUCAGAUGAUGUGUCUAAUGGUGACUCUAUAAUAGACUGGCUUAACUCUGUCAGACAGACUGGAAAUACGACAAGAAGUGGGCAAAGAGGAAACCAAUCUUGGAGAGCAGUGAGCCGGACUAAUCCAAACAGUGGUGAUUUCAGAUUCAGUUUAGAGAUAAAUGUUAACCGUAAUAAUGGGAGCCAAAAUCCAGAGAAUGAAAAUGAGCCAUCUGCAAGACGUUCUAGUGGAGAAAAUGUGGAAAACAACAGCCAAAGGCAAGUGGAAAGUCCGAGAUCUGAAUCUACAUCUGCAAGGCCAUCUAGAUUAGAACGAAAUUCAACUGAAGCACUAACCGGAGAAGUCCCACCUACCAGAGGUCAGAGGAGGGCAAGAAGCAGGAGCCCAGACUAUCGGAGAACCAGAGCGAGAGCUGAAAGAAGUAGGUCACCUCUGAAUCCAACGAGUGAAGUUCCACGAAGAACUCAUCAGAGUACCUCAUCUCAGACUAUUGAGCAUUCUUUGUUAAAUGAGAAUGAGGGAAGUUCUAGAACCCGGCACCACGUGACAUUGAGACAGCAAAUAUCUGGACCUGAGUUGCUAAGCAGAGGUCUUUUUGCAGCUUCUGGUACAAGAAAUGCCUCUCAAGGAGCAGGUUCUUCAGACACAGCUGGCAAUGGUGAAUCCACAGGAUCAGGACAGAGACCGCCAACCAUAGUCCUUGAUCUUCAAGUAAGAAGAGUGCGUCCUGGAGAAUAUCGGCAGAGAGAUAGCAUAGCUAGCAGAACUCGGUCUAGGUCUCAGACACCAAACAAUACUGUCACUUACGAAAGUGAACGAGGAGGUUUUAGACGUACGUUUUCACGUUCUGAGCGGGCAGGUGUGAGAACCUAUGUCAGUACCAUCAGAAUUCCCAUUCGUAGAAUCUUAAAUACUGGUUUAAGUGAGACCACAUCUGUUGCAAUUCAGACCAUGUUAAGGCAGAUAAUGACGGGUUUUGGUGAGUUAAGCUACUUUAUGUACAGUGAUAGUGAUUCAGAGCCUAGCGGCUCGGUCCCGAGUAGAAAUAUGGAAAGGGCAGAGUCACGGAAUGGAAGAGGGGGUCCUGGUGGUGGUAGUAGUUCUAGUUCAAGUUCCAGUUCCAGUUCCAGUUCCAGUCCUAGUUCCAGUUCCAGUGGUGAAAGUUCAGAAUCUGGCUCAGACGUGUUUGAAGGUAGUAAUGAAGGAAAUUCAGCAGGCUCAGCAGGUGCCAGGCGAGAGGGUCGACAUAGGGCCCCAGUCACAUUUGAUGAAACUGGUUCUUUGCCCUUCCUUAGUCUGGCUCAGUUUUUCCUCUUAAAUGAGGAUGAUGAUGACCAACCUAGAGGACUCACCAAAGAACAGAUUGACAACUUGGCAAUGAGAAGUUUUGGUGAAAACGAUGCAUUAAAAACCUGUAGUGUUUGCAUUACAGAAUAUACAGAAGGCAACAAACUUCGUAAACUACCUUGUUCCCAUGAGUACCAUGUUCAUUGCAUCGAUCGCUGGUUAUCUGAGAAUUCUACCUGUCCUAUUUGUCGCAGAGCAGUCUUAGCUUCUGGUAACAGAGAAAGUGUUGUGUAAUUAAGAUCUGAACUCUCAGCUUUGUAGCUGGUAUAGUGAUGGGCAAACAGGAAUCACUUGCUUUUAUGUCCACUUUUUGAGUGGUGCUUAAAUGUAAAGUUACAACCUGAAUUGAGUCAUUGCUUUCUGAAGCAAUCAUUGUCCUUUCUCCAGUUUCUGUUCCAGAACAAAAGGAAAUACUUUAAAAGCAACAUUUUAGGAUUUAAAAUCUGAUGUCAGUACCAGGUGAAUUGGUAGCAGCUCUGUUACUGAUAAUUUGUCAUAUACACUUGUCAGUUUCUCCUUUGUUAUCUUAAAAGAUCUGCCUUAGCAAUGGCUCCUGUCUGUUUCAUGUUGAUCUUUAAAGUUUCCCACGCCAUAGGAGAGAGGGGCGGAGGAAAUUCCCGGUUUAGACUAAGUUACAGUCUGUGUUUCAUGAGUGAUUACUUAAAGCUGUAUCAUUCCCAGUUAUUAGUUGAUGCAAAUUCAGCCACAUUCUGAAUAUAGUUUGUUCACCUUUCAGACUAGGUGAUACUGGACAUGUCAGUGUAAAUAACACUAAGGUUAGGAUCUUCUAAGUGUAUAAUUGUCUCCUAAGCCCAUCACUGUGGCACACUGUAGAGUGAGCUUAUAGUUUGAGAUAUUUAUCUUGUGGAAAUAUUAAAAAAGCCUAUACUUGUGUAAGUGAAAAAAUCACAUUCAUUUGUUUAAAAAUGUAAAGCUAUUUUGUAGAGGCUCAGUACUUUUCCAAGGCACUGUUGUAUUAACGCAUUAAAAACUGUAAAGUACCAUGCUUAGAAAUGAGAAAACUGCUUUUUGUGAGCCAACGUAGUAAAAAACACACCAAACAAAGUACAAAGCUGCUUUUGUAAGUGUGUAGAUGUCAAGAGCAGAACAUAUCUAUAAUAUUUAAUGUAUGUGAACAGCUACUGUGACAUGCAAAGGAAAGGACAGUGCAGAAUCAAACUGCAUUAAAGACCAAUGUAAAUUGUGUAUUUUGACUUGGAUUUAGGCAGGAAGUGAAAGAUGGCAUGUAAAGAAAACUGUUCUGAAGAAUUUAAAGUUUUCAUGAAGAUAGUGAUAAUGCAGGCAUAAACUGGUUUCAUAUGGUGAGAGCAGCAGCAGCAGCAGCAGCAGCUUGAACUGCUAUUCUACCUGAGUAGAUGAAGCACAUCAGCAAAUUUGGCAGAGCUUUGGUUUAAGAAAAACAAACCACUACCACCUAGCACAAGUUAAACUGAUGUUUUUUCAAGUCUGCUCCUCAAAAAAAAGGUGGAGGAAAGAGACUAUAAACCACUUUUAGCAUACAAAUUGCAGUUGGUACAGAUGUGUGUGCUAAUAGGAAAGUCUCGAAUUUGUAUUGUUUUUGAGAUUUAUCAUUUAAGGUACCAGUGCACACUUGUUAAUAUUUCAUUACUCUCUCUAACACCUAACAUCUCACAUUUAAAGAUCAGUGGAAGAUUAAGGAAUUUUUAUCCUUUGUUUAAAGUGCAUCAUGUUGGGUUAUUGGAAAUUCACAUUUUAAUUGUGCUGCCCAUAUUUGAAGAUGAGGCUGCUGACUCACUGUGGACAUGCACUUUAUGUUGUUUUCUUAGUAGUAAGAAUAGCUUCGUGAUAACUCUAGUACUCUUGCCUAAUUUCUCUUUUGAGACUGGUUGGGGUUAGGAUUAGUCUGACUGUGGAGCAGAUGUUUGUUUUUCUGGGAAAAGCUAACAGGCCAGAAGAGGGAUUGAACACAUCCUUGGCCUUUAACAAAGCAAGCUAACUACCCAGACGUGGUCAGAUACUCUCCAAAAUAAACAAGUCUGCUUUAGGAAUUAUCUGGCUACCUUCACUGUUAUCAGCUUAGCUGUAAAGAUUAUUUCAAAGCUCGUUCUUUCAUGUUUUCUUCUGGCUUUCCAAUCCUACCUAAGUAUCAAGGAAAUUGUAAAUAUGGUAGUUGUUUGCUAAGGAUAUGUACUGCUCUUGCAAGGAAAUAAUGUCCAAACAAAGCUUCACUUAUUUUUUUUAAUAUAAGCAGAUUUCACUGUUUAUGGCGCUUAUGUAAUACAUUUUAUCGUUUUAAAAAAUUGUCCAUGUAAAAGUCAGGAUUCCUUUAUAUUUGUGAGCCUCCUUGUCUCCUUUCCUAAGGGUGUAACCUAUGUUUUUCAGAUCUGCAGGGUAGUCCUGAUUGGCUAAAAACAAAUGCAUUUUCUUGGCAUAAAAUGUUCCAUUAUUAUAGGGUGUUCAUUUUAAGUAGUUUAAAAACUGCAGCACAUUCUAAGCAUAAAAGUUAUUGACAACAGGUACCUCCCUAACCUCCCAAAAUGUAUUACUCAUUUGUGAAGUAUUAAGAGGUAACUCAACCAGAAUGCUGGUUAUCAAUGUAGAUACUAAAGCUAUUCAUAAACACUGGAAGUAGAAUUUUAAGCUUUUAGCCUUCAGUAGAAUGCACAUAUUGGACAUGUGCAUUUGGACACCUUUUUCAAUAGCACUCGUUAAUUUCCAUUGGAUGGUGUAGAAUAAAUUACAUGUAUUUUAGUGGAAUUUGUUACUUAAUUUUUUAUUUUGUGAGGUCCAUGACUAAUAUAUACUUAGUAUUGUUGUGGACAUCAAAGACAAGGUCAUUUAUAGGUGUCAGAUGUACAAUGGAGGACAAAAAUCUUUUUUCCUCACCAGCAUCUAUACACCUAUUCUUGAGGGAGCAUUUUCUUGCAAAAGACUUUACAUUUCAUUUUGUAUCUUUGCACUUUUUCUUGAUUACAGAAAGGUUCUGUCCUUAAGAACUAGUUUGAACUUCAUGCAGUAAUAGGAACAACAAAAAACAAUGUUGGAAGUUUACGUGAUUCAAAGCAUAGGGAAAAGUACUAAAACCUGAGUUUUCUUGACUAUUUCAGAUGUUACUAGUCUAAAAUGUUUGAAGUGAUUUACUAUUUAACUCCAAGCAGCUGCAGACAAGGUUGAGAUUUAUUAGUACCACUGGAAACAAAAUUGAACAAGUUAGGUUAAAAGUUUGCAGACUUUAUCUGUAGCAACACUAGAAGAUGAGCCAUGUUGUUAAUUUGGAAUAUUUGCUCUAAAAAGAACACAUUAGUUAUACCUCAGUGGUAGUGGAGGUGGGGGUCGAGAAGAGUAUCCACAUCAGUGUUGGAAUGUAGGUAAUAAUAGUACAGAUCAUAGGAAAACCUUUAGCACCAGGAGAUACGUGUGUGUGUGUACACACACACAGUCUUUAAGAACAUGAUUAUUGAAAUUCAUCCAAACUUUAGGAAACUGGUUAGCUGUGUUACCUCAAGUAAUGUUCCUCUCCAGCCCCUACAAACAUCUUCUCCGUGCCAAGUAUUCUCUCCUAGUGUCAGUGUCUCAGAUUGUAUUUAUGAAGGGUUGUCACUUAAUAUGCAUUGUAUUUAACCAUCUACUUCCCAAGUGUCCACUACAUGAAAUGGGCCAAGCAUCAGCCAUGACUUUGAGUUAGUUCCCAAAAUACCCUUGUGACAGGGAGGUAAAUGUUGCAACAUGCCUCUUAAAAGGCCAUUUUUACAGCUUGCUAGGAUACAGUGGCACCUUGUGGUUGUUAAUAUUUUUCUUUUAAAGAUGGAGGGUAUUUUUCUUCUCCCUUUUCUCCUUUGUUCUUUUGUGAACGAAAAGAAUUCGUAAUCUGCCUUAUUUGAUUUUUUAAAGUUGUACCUUACUGGCUUCCCUGUGAAAUGUUUUACCAAUAUUAAGUACAUAGAAGCCAUGUUUGCAGGGCACUUUUAUUUUUUCCUAGUCUUAUAAGACUAUGCUAAUUGCUACUUUCUGAAGUAUUCUGUACCUUAGUAAUGCAAGAGAUUGAUACGGCACAUGUUAAAGUGUCAGGUGUGUUUUUUUCCCUUAAGUAUAUAAUUCUUCAGUAUGUUUAAUAUGCAAUAACAGUGUUGUAAUUCAUUAACUGGUAAAUUGUGUGCUUUUGAAACAUUUGAAAAUGUAAAUGAACAUAACAUGCUUCAUUUGGAAAGUUAAAGUGCAAGGUCCAAGGAACUAGUAUUUCACUUAUUUUUAAGUCAGAUUUGUAAUAAGCAACUAAAAACAGCUGUGAGUUCAGUACCUGGCCUUUAAAAUUUUAGCAUUCUGAAAUUAAAAAUUGUUUUUCUUAACUGGAACAAUUCUAAAAUAUUAUCCAGUAUCCCAAUAAGCGAGUGAGCUCAUUUAAGUAACCCUAGUUUGUAUUUUAAAUUCUAUAGCAUCUAGUAGAGCCGUUAUUGGGGUGUUAAAAUUCUCAAACGAUAAUUAUAGAACAAUUUAUGAGUUUUAUGAUUCUUUUCAUGUCUCGGUUUAGACCUGAAGGAAAUAGGCACACCCUCCACUCUAAAAAUUACAGUGAGAUACUUGGGUUUUUUUAAGAUUUGUUUACUAAAGUUCCACAAGCUGCUUUAUAGUCACUUAGGUUGAUUAGUAGUUAUCUUAAAGACAUGCAGUGAAAGUGAACCCUAUCAUACCACCGUGCCUCUUUUUUUCAAGGCUUCCAUCAGUUCCUCAUCUUGCAGAUUUAUUCCAAUACCAAGGUAUGGUUGAACCAGCUGCCCAGCCUUAACUUUAUUUAGUGCCCCAUUACUAACAUUCUUUUAACUGAUUUGUAUGUGUUUUAACUGUCCAAUGUUUGGAUUUUACCUCUUGAUAGCUCCAUUUGUCCCUGGUACGCAGUUGGCCUGGUUAUGUAUCCGUGCCUGUUUUAUCUUCUCCCAGGAAGAGCUGCUUUGGUAUAGAUGUUUACUUGGAUUCAUAUAAAGAACCAGGCAGCAAUCUUGGAAAGCUUUCUGAAACCUAUAAGAACCUGAAGGUUUGGAGGGGGAACAGUAACAAAGGCUGCCUUUAUGUCUUUGGACACGAAGCACAUAAAUGUAUGUUAUGUAAAGACUUAAGUGAUUGUUAUACCAGGGCUUCCUGACCUCCAGGAGAGACUCAAAAAGCAGAGAGGAGCACAAAAUGAAGUGAAUUUGGUUGGCUUGAUUUAUCUGGUUUCUCAUUUUCUUUCAAUUUAAACCUGAACAUAACACCCUUCUCCAAUAUCUAUCCAGCAGACUCCUGGUCGGGAAGCCCUGUAUUAAACUUUGAGAAUGUACCCAGUUUUUUUUGUACAGUGCUUAAACUUGCUAAAAAUUAACUUGUUUAAUGCAAAACAAGACCUUGAAAGGUCAGUCAUAUUAAAGCUGGUUUGAUUGUUAAUAGUUAUCUUUUAGUAAGAAGCUUUUUCCCUAUGUAAGAUGUCAUACUGCAGAUUUAAAAUAUAGACUAUCAAUAAAAUGCAUGAAGUGAUCA